AUGUCUGCUGAUGCCGGCAUCCCAAAGAGACUCCAAAAAGCAAGUCUUGGUUUCAUUGCUCAUCCAAAAGGAAAAAGAUCGCUUUACUACAUGUCUAUCAUGAAGGAAGCUCACACCAAGAUGCCAAAGGAUGGUGAAAGCGACGAAUCCUUUAAAAAGCGAUUCACUGCUGAACGAUCCAGGCAGUUCGAUUUUUUGAUGUCAGAGGAGGCUGCUUUUCAAAGGGCAGAUGGUUGCUCGGAGAGGUUAGGAGAGUUGCUACAACCAGAGUACCAGUUAAAACCUAGUAAUGGACAGAGACAACUACGUUAUAAAAGAACACAGAGAGGCUGUUGA